UAUUAGAACCCUGUCUUCUAGCAUGUUCUCCCUGUCCGUGAUGGUGGGCCUGGUCCCCAUAGUGUCCCUGUUCGGGUUGUUCUACUCCGCUGCGGUGGACGACAACUUCCCCCAGGGCUGCACGAGCGGCAGCAGUGUGUGUUUCUACAGCCUGCUGCUGCCCGUCACCAUCCCGGUCUACGUCUUCUUCCACCUGUGGAGCUGGAUGGGGAUCAAGCUGUUCAGACACAACUAGCUCCACCUGAAACACUGCCGUGCGUUCCAGUCCUCUGUCUGGGAUGCAACUUGAAAUAAUAAUGGUUUGACAUCAUCAGCACAUUACAAGCACCGCCACAUCCAAUUCAGUCUAAUAGCAGAAUAUGUUGCUUUUACUGCAAACCCUAGAAAUAAAACUGCUGUUAGACACACUGCAGUGUUAGUGGUUUGAAGACGGGGUGAACAUAUUUAGCAGGGAGUCUGGGGAGUCCUUCAAGAAAAUGUUACGUUGUCAAUAAAAACAAAAAUUUCAAGUUCACAU